GCGAGUCGCCAAGCGUCUUGGGCGUCCUGCCGGGGCCUUUAGUUGGGCCGUGGUUCGCAGCUUAAGUCUUCCUCCCUGCUUCCGAAAGUGUGUUUGAAUCCUGUCUUUCAGCUCCUAGCGGGGGCGUCUUGGAGGAAACGGAGCCGGGGGUGAUGGCGCCGUCGCGUCUCGGGACCCUCUCCUGACGAUUCUGUUGCGCGGGGGGAUGUGGACGCUUGCGGGUCAGGGCUGCUGGCGCAGACGCGCGCUGGCGGCUUGGGCCACCCGGGCGGCGCGUCGCGCGCUGCCCGGGCCUCGCCCCGCGCCGACCCGGGGAGCUGCAGCCGAGUCCAAGACUCCGGACAGGAGCUACAGCUCUGCGGACCGCAAGGAAAAAAUUGAUAUGUCUAGAUUCUCUGUUGAAAACACUAGAAAUUUCAGUAUCAUUGCACAUGUGGAUCAUGGCAAAAGUACUUUAGCAGACAGGCUCCUGGAACUAACAGGGGCAAUUGAUAAAACAAAAAAUAAUAAACAAGUUCUUGAUAAAUUGCAAGUGGAACGAGAAAGAGGAAUCACUGUUAAAGCACAGACAGCGUCUCUCUUCUAUGAUUAUGAAGGAAAGCAGUACCUUUUAAAUCUCAUCGAUACACCGGGCCAUGUUGAUUUUAGUUAUGAAGUAUCCAGGUCACUCUCAGCUUGCCAGGGUGUUUUACUUGUGGUGGAUGCAAAUGAGGGUGUUCAAGCCCAAACUGUAGCAAACUUCUUUCUUGCUUUUGAAGGGCAGCUAUCGGUAAUUCCAGUCAUAAACAAGAUAGAUCUGAAGAAUGCUGAUCCUGAAAGCGUUGAAAAACAAAUUGAAAAGGUGUUUGAUAUUCCAAGUGAUGAAUGUAUUAAGAUUUCUGCUAAACUUGGAACGAAUGUUGAAAGUGUUCUUCAGGCAGUCAUCAAAAGAAUACCCCCUCCUAAAGUGCAUCGCAAAAAUCCCUUGAGAGCUUUGGUAUUUGACUCCACCUUUGACCAGUAUAGGGGUGUGAUUGCCAAUGUAGCAUUAUUUGAUGGAGUGAUUUCCAAAGGAGAUAAAAUUGUAUCUGCGCAUACUCAAAAGACAUAUGAAGUUAACGAAGUAGGAGUUCUGAAUCCUAAUGAGCAGCCAACUCACAAACUAUAUGCAGGACAGGUGGGCUAUCUGAUUGCUGGGAUGAAAGAUGUCACUGAAGCACAAAUAGGAGAUACAUUAUAUUUACAUAAACAACCAGUGGAACCCUUGCCUGGGUUUAAAUCAGCGAAGCCAAUGGUAUUUGCAGGAAUGUACCCUAUAGACCAAUCUGAAUAUAAUAACCUGAAGAGUGCUAUAGAAAAACUGACUCUAAAUGAUUCCAGUGUGACAGUUCAUCGGGAUAGUAGCCUUGCCCUAGGUGCUGGCUGGAGGUUAGGAUUUCUUGGACUUUUGCAUAUGGAAGUUUUCAACCAGCGACUUGAGCAAGAAUAUAAUGCUUCUGUUAUUUUGACAACACCUACUGUUCCAUAUAAAGCUGUUCUUUCAUCAGCAAAAUUGAUAAAGGAAUACAGAGAAAAGGAAAUUACAAUCAUCAAUCCUGCACAAUUCCCUGAUAAGUCAAAAGUAACAGAAUAUUUGGAGCCUAUUGUUUUGGGCACCAUUAUCACACCAGAUGAAUAUACUGGAAAAAUAAUGAUGCUUUGCCAGGCUCGAAGAGCAGUUCAGAAGAAUAUGAUGUAUAUUGAUCAAAAUAGAAUAAUGCUUAAAUAUCUCUUCCCUUUGAAUGAAAUUGUGGUGGAUUUUUAUGAUUCUUUGAAAUCUCUGUCUUCUGGAUAUGCUAGUUUUGACUACGAAGAUGCAGGCUACCAGACUGCAGAACUUGUAAAAAUGGAUAUUCUACUGAAUGGAAAUAUUGUAGAAGAGCUAGUAACUGUUGUACACAAAGACAAAGCAUACUCUGCUGGUAAAGCCAUAUGUGAACGUCUGAAGGAUUCUCUUCCUAGGCAGCUGUUUGAGAUAGCAAUUCAAGCUGCUGUUGGAAGCAAAAUCAUUGCAAGAGAAACUGUGAAAGCCUAUAGGAAAAAUGUUUUGGCAAAAUGCUAUGGUGGUGAUAUUACCCGAAAAAUGAAACUUUUGAAGAGACAAGCAGAAGGAAAGAAAAAACUAAGGAAAGUUGGCAAUGUUGAAGUUCCAAAAGAUGCUUUUAUAAAAGUUCUGAAAACACAAUCUGAUAAAUAAUUGGUGGGAAAAUAUAAGGAAUUUUCAUAAAUUAAAAA